AUGGCCGCUUCCAAUGCUUUUUGGAGGAUUGGAAGGCUUUCAAACGUGACAAGAGCGUCAACUCUGAGUGCAAGACAGAUUCUCUCCCUUGGUCUGAGACGUAAUAUUUACACAACAGUGUUCCUAUGUAGGUCUGAGUUCCAGAGUAAGUCUGAGUACUGGAACGACAAGUCCGAAGCAGGUGAAUCAAAAUUUGACAAAAUCCUGAUUGCCAACAGAGGAGAAAUAGCGUGUCGAGUGAUCAAAACAUGCAAGCGGUUGGACAUUAAGACUGUCGCAAUACACAGCGAUGUCGACUCGGUGGCUGUGCACUCCAUCAUGGCGGACGAAGCUGUGUGUGUGGGUGGUGCACCGUCCAACCAGAGUUAUCUCAACAUGGAGAAGAUUCUCGAGGUGAUCAAGGAUACAGGCGCUCAGGCUGUACAUCCAGGUUAUGGGUUCUUGUCGGAAAACACCGUGUUCGCAGCCAAACUGGCAGAGAUUGGGGUUAGUUUUAUCGGCCCCAACAGUGACUCAAUCAAGGCGAUGGGUGACAAGAUUGAGAGUAAACGGAUCGCGAUGAAGGCCGGUGUCAACAUGAUUCCUGGACACGAUGGAGUCGUCGAGGAUCCGGACCACUGCGUCAAACUGGCCAAUGAGAUUGGUUAUCCAGUGAUGAUAAAGGCGUCUGCAGGAGGUGGUGGAAAAGGAAUGAGGAUAGCCUGGAACGAUGAAGAGGCCAGACAAGCUUUCCGACUGUCAACGGAAGAAGCGGCUUCUAGUUUUGGAGAUGACCGCAUGUUGAUAGAAAAAUACAUAGAUAAUCCACGGCAUAUUGAAAUUCAGGUUUUGUGUGAUAAACAUAACAAUGCCAUCUGGCUAAACGAACGGGAAUGUUCCAUACAACGACGCAACCAGAAAGUCAUCGAAGAGGCUCCCAGUACAUUUCUUGACCCUGAAAAGCGGGCUGCUAUGGGAGAACAAGCUGUGGCCUUAGCAAAACAAGUCGGGUACGACUCGGCAGGUACUGUUGAGUUUCUUGUGGAUUCAGAAAAGAACUUCUACUUCCUGGAGAUGAACACGCGACUCCAGGUGGAGCAUCCCAUCACAGAGUGUAUCACGGGCAUCGAUAUCGUCCACCAGAUGCUCCGAGUAGCCAAAGGUCAUUCUCUUCUUCAUAAGCAGAGUGACAUCCCCAUCAAUGGCUGGUCGUUCGAGUGCAGGGUUUACGCUGAGGAUCCGUUUAAGAACUUUGGUAUGCCAUCGAUUGGAAGGCUGACUAAAUAUGUAGAACCAACCUGCAUGGAAAAUGUGCGCUGUGACAGUGGCGUUACGGAAGGCAGUAAUAUCAGCAUUUAUUACGAUCCCAUGAUCUGCAAGCUUGUGACACACGGAAAAGACAGACAAGAAGCCAUUACCACCAUGGUCGAAGCUUUGGACUCCUAUGUUAUAAAAGGUGUGACUCACAAUAUCCCCUUGUUACGAGACAUUCUGACCGAGCCCAGAUUUGUUGCCGGGGACAUCAGUACCGAUUACCUGCCAUCAGUAUUCCCAGAAGGAUUUAAGGGCAAACAGCUAUCACCUAUGGAGGAAAAGGAACUGGUAGCUCUUGCCUCCGUGGUGUACAUCAAGGAUAAUCUCCGAUACUCCACAUACACCAAUCAAACACGAUUACCCAGUCAUCCUGACACUCGAUCAGAGUGGCCAGUCAGUGUGCAGGUGCUGAACAAACAGAUUCCAGCAGUUGUCAGAAAAUUUGAAAAUAGUUACGAGGUUGAUGUGGAGGGAGACACUAUGACAGUGACUGGUAAUAUAAGUUUUGUAUUGCCCAUCAUGCAUACACUGGUGAAUGGCCAGGAACGGAUAUUACAGUUGACAGUGAGACUUGGAGGAGGCCAGUACCACCUAAGACUGUUUGGAACAGUGUUUCCACUGCGAGUUCUAGAUGAAACAGCGGCCAGGCUCUAUAAGUACAUGCCAGAGAAAAUGGUGAUGGACGUCAGUUCGUCGAUCCUGGCUCCCAUGCCCGGCAUCUUGAAAUCCAUCACAGUCAAGCCUGGAGACGAUGUUGCUGAGGGUCAGGAGGUGUGUGUUCUCGAAGCUAUGAAGAUGCAAAACAGUCUGGUUGCCGGGAAAAGUGCCACAGUUAAAAAAGUGAAUUUCAAGACCGGUGACACAGUGAAUGAAGAAGACUUGAUCAUUGAGCUAGAGUGAUAGAACAGUCUUUGCCAGCAACUGUGUUCCAGUCUAUUUGACAAAACCCUCAAUAUUGGUGCUAUGUGCCAUACUAUAACAGUUAGCAUACUUAGGAAGAACUGCAUUAGUUCAUAGGGAAAGUUCGCUCGACAGUUUGACAGAUCCGUUAGUCCAGUGGUCCUUUAAACUGGAGUUUUCCAAUCAUUGCACUAUAGCCGAUAUAUAUCGAAGACUGUUAUAUGUGCUGCCCUGUCUCAGGGGGGUGGUACUUAUUAAUGACUUUUUGUUGUUCCUGGUGUGUGUAUGUGAAAACAGGAAAGAUGCAUGCCCAGGAAUAUUGGAAUCAGUUACUUUAAUUCCAGCCAUGUUUAGAAAUCAGUUACGAGUUGAAUGCAACUUUUUGAUAUUUGUUAAAUGGAUUAUCCCGGUUUUUCAGCCCUAGCAAGACUUCUUUUUGUUCCCCAUACAAAAUAAACACAUAUCCUGACUUUUUAAAACAUGGUCUUGCUUUAACAUUUUUUAAAUAAAAGCAUUAUGUGGAUAAAUAUAUUUGGAAGGAC